GCCUAGAGCCCCAAUCGUCCUCCACCCUCAAGCCUCUUGCGAAAGACCUGGACACGUCAACCGGCCGUAGUUUAUUGGGCAUCUCUCCGUCUCUCCCAUCGCCCUGCUCAUCCCACCUCUCCACCGCCCGUCAACACCCUACCACUCCCGGCAUAGCAAGCUGCAGCUCUUCCCUAGCUACCCUUGGGCCCGUGGCUGAUGACCCCCAAGUGACCUCAUCCAAGACAUCACAAGCCUGGUUACUACUAGAAAAAGCCAUUCCUACCUGUCAACCCACUAUUGCUUCUUUCGUUACUCUUCUAUUUGUAUCCCGGUCCUUCACCUCGCCCUCGACCUCCCUCCAAACCUGCGCCUCGUCGACCUUCUCGUCACCGACUGCGAAUUCGACACGCGACUGCGACCGACUCACUAGUGUUGACAUCUUACCUUGCGCACUUCGUCAUGGCAGGCCGUGAGUAAACAUGCGCACAAAAGUUGGAUUUCGCACACUGACACUUCUGCUCUAGGAUCACUCUUCAGCUUCGUUUCCCUCAUAUUGGUGGCAGGCGGGCUCCUGUUCAUGUUCUUGAUCCUACUCGGCGGCGCAGUUGAUCAUGGUCCGGUCAACAAGUUCUAUUUCCUCCAGGCCGACACUGGCAACAUUCCUGGCGCCCCUCCCGUUUCUCGAUGGUCAUACUGGAAUGUUUGUAACGUUGAGAAUGGCCGCACGGUCUGCGGCAAAGAGAACUAUUCCAAAGUCCACCCGGCAUUCCCACUCGAUCCCUCUUCGCAUCGAAAUUUCGGCACUGACGAGAACGUCCCUGGAAAUUUCGUCAAACACCAUGGCUACUACUUCCUCAUGACUCGGUUCAUGUUCGCUUUCAUGCUCAUAGCCUUGUUCUUCGGCGUCUGCGCCCUCUUCACGGGUUUGCUUGCGUUAUGCACGAGAAUUGGUAGCUACUUGAGUGGAUUGCUUACUAUGAUCGCAAUGUUCUUCCAGACCAUACAAGCAGCGUUGAUGACUGCUGCUUAUGUCAAAGGUCGCGACAACUUCCGCUCAAAUGGUCAAUCUGCGCAAAUUGGCAAAUAUGCCUUUGGCUUCGAAUGGGCCGCUGUGGCCUGUUUCUUCCUGUCGACGGUCCUCUUCUGCUUGGGUGGAGGCGCUCGAAGAGACAGUGCGCCGAAGUCAACGAGGCGACGACGGUUCGGUGGAAGAAGGACCAGGAGCACACGAAGCAGGGGCAGUUUCGUCCAUGACAAAGAAUACGGAGCAUAGAGGACAGGUGUGCUCGAGACGGUGAGAAGAGGAGAUGGUUCAAGAUGCCGGUAUUAUCUACAGAAUUCUGUAGAGACAAUCCAGGAUAUCAGGAUUAAACGAUACAGAUUCAUGACGCUCAUUUUAUGGAGUUCUACGGAGUGGAAUGGUUGAAACCAAGGGAUGGUCUUGACCAUGGCGACAUGUCAUGCCAGAAUACUUUACUGUUACCUAGUGUAUAUCUCUAAUAUCUGGUUGCGAGUGUAUGCAGAUGACCAUAAUAAGACUACACUUGUUGAAUUA